AUCCUGUAGAAGAAGAAACUGACGUUAAAAAACCCAUAUCUGGAAUCAACUUCCUUCUAUUCUACUUAGGAAAUUUACAGAAGAUGAGGCUCUUCUUCUGCUUCUGCUUCUUCUUCAUGAUCAUCUUCACCGCAUCUGCUUAUGAUCCAUUGGAUCCUAAUGGGAACAUAACAAUCAAAUGGGACAUCAUGUCAUGGACAGCAGAUGGCUAUGUGGCUGUUGUAACCAUGAACAACUUCCAAAUCUACCGGCACAUACAGUCCCCAGGUUGGACACUAGGCUGGGCAUGGGCAAAGAAAGAAGUGAUAUGGUCAAUGGUCGGCGCACAAGCAACAGAGCAAGGAGACUGUUCCAAGUUCAAAGGAAACGUACCUCACUGCUGUAAGAAAGCCCCGACCGUCGUUGAUCUCUUGCCAGGUGUCCCUUACAAUCAACAGAUCUCAAACUGCUGCAAAGGCGGUGUGGUUGGAGCCUGGGGUCAAGAUCCUUCAUCCGCUGUGUCACAGUUUCAGGUCAGCGUUGGUGUGGCUGGUACCACGAACAAGACCGUCAAGCUCCCUAAGAACUUCACGUUGCUUGGUCCUGGUCCUGGUUACACUUGCGGUCCUGCCAAAAUCGUGCCGUCUACUGUUUUUCUCACCACUGACAAACGAAGAAAGACACAAGCUCUGAUGACGUGGAAUGUUACCUGCACAUACUCACAGUUUCUAGCGAGAAAGCAUCCGAGUUGUUGCGUCUCCUUCUCUUCUUUCUACAACGACACCAUAACUCCUUGCCCUUCUUGUGCUUGUGGCUGCGAGAACAAAAGGAGCUGCGUCAAGGCUGAUUCUAAGAUUCUAACCAAGAAAGGACUCAACACACCGAGAAAAGACAACGCUCCGUUGCUACAAUGUACACACCACAUGUGCCCGAUCAGAGUUCACUGGCACGUUAAAACUAAUUACAAAGACUAUUGGCGCGUGAAAAUCGCUAUAACAAACUUUAAUUACCGGAUGAAUCAUACGCUGUGGACUUUAGCAGUUCAGCACCCGAAUCUCAACAACGUGACUCAAGUUUUCAGCUUUGAUUACAAAUCAGUUGCUCCUUAUGGAUCCAUAAAUGAUACUGGAAUGUUCUUUGGAACUAAGUUUUAUAAUGAUCUUUUGAUGGAAGCGGGGCCUUCAGGGAAUGUGCAAUCAGAGGUGUUGCUGCAGAAAGAUCAGAGGACAUUUACUUUCAAGCAAGGUUGGGCUUUUCCGAGGAAAGUUUACUUUAAUGGCGAUGAGUGUAUGUUACCUUCACCAGAUUCUUACCCUUUUCUACCAAACUCUGCAAGAAGAAGCUUGGCUUCUCUCUCUACGCUAUCACUCACUAUUCUUGUUCUUGUGUUCAUCUCAGUCUGGUGAUUUGAAAAUGCUUUUUUUGUAACAAGACCAGAAAAUGUUUUUUUUGUAACUGUGUUUAUAGAUGUGUAAUGGUUCUGACAGAACCGUUCUGUACUCUUGUUGAUCGAGAUUCAAAGCUUUUUUGCUUUUGUUAUCACUCAAUGUGAAAGCUGAAGCGUUUGA